CCUAUAAUUUCUGUUAAGUGUUUCUGGACGCCUUCCUCGAAGUAGAAAAACUACAAAAUUGACCGGUUGUCGUUAGGUGAAUGUCCAUUCGGGUUUCCUGUCUGCCAACAGGCAGCCAAAAUGUUGGCCAUCCUGUCUGUGCUGUUUUUAUAUCUUUAUAGUCCGGUCUGUGGCGUGUUUCAGAAACUUUACUGCAGCAUGUCAGACAGCUGUGAAUGCGACUUUAAGCCAAAUAUCAGAGACCUGGAGUGGGACCUUUACAAGAAUGUUUACGGACAACAUCUGGCUCAGGAAAUCGUGUCAGAGGAGGUGGCGAGGUUCCUUCAGAAUAAAAGCCCUGAGCGGCCCUUGGUGCUGUCUUUCCAUGGCUCCUCUGGGACAGGAAAGACGCUGGUCAGCUCCAUGCUGGGAAAUCAUCUGUACGGCUCGGCGAUGAGCAGCCCGUAUAUCCACCAGUUUAUUCCCACGCUGCACUUCCCCUUUCCUGACCGGGUCAAGGAAUACAGGGAGGAGUUGAAGAACUGGGUGCAGGGUAACCUGACCGAGUGCGCUCGCUCCGUCUUCUUUUUUGACGAGAUGGAGAAAAUGCCUCCAGGUCUCAUCGAUGUUUUGGAGCCCUUCUUGGGUCCCUCCCACGUUGUGUUUCGCACUAACUACCGCAAGGCCAUCUACGUAUUCAUCGGCACCACAGGAUACAAGGUGAUUAACAAAAUGGCUCUGGAGAGCCGGCAGGCCGGACGGGACAGGGAGGACAUCAAGUUGGCCGACUUGCAGGCAGCCAUUGCACAGGUGGUUUACAACAGCACAACAAGCGGCUUCUUCCAGUCCAGAGUCAUCCUGCAGAAGCUCAUCACACGCUUCGUUCCCUUCCUGCCGCUGAGCCGACGCCAUGUGGAGCGCUGUGUCCACUCGCAGCUCUGCCAGCGGGGCAGCUGCGGCCGCAGUGACGUAGUGGAGGCAGUAGGGGGCGACAUGCUCUACACUCCCGUCCAGGGACAUUACUUCUCCACCACCGGCUGUAAGGCCGUCCCCGCCAAAAUCAACCUUUUCCUGUGAGUCGAGGAGCGAUCUGAUUGUUAAUUUUUAAGGACUAAAAAGGGAAACAUUUCUGAGGUGAGUCGGUGAAGAGAAACAGAUCUCUGCGUCUGUCUCUCACAUGGAGGUCAGAGCUGCAUCUCUGGAGCAGCGUCGAGGAUGCCUCCUGCACUUGGAAUCGAGGAGAAUUGAACUCAAACCCCCUGAAUUCAACGGCUUCAUGCUGUCAAUGCUGAGGUUCCCUGAAGGAAUCGUUGGUCGAGUCAAACUUUGCUUUAUUCAAACCAGGAGCCCAACACUACCUUAAUUUAUGAACUCUAAGGUUGGUACAGUGUGGUUUCAGAAUUCAGCUGCAGUUGGUUUGCCAUGUGGUAACAUCAGUUAAUUUGUCUUGAAGUCUAUUUAUUCAGUAUUUAUUUAUCUUUUUCUCAACACCGUGCCCCUUUCACUUUCAGUCUGUCACACUGUUCACUCCCAGUUCACCCGCAGGCGUCCAUAGCAGAUCCCAGCUGGAGGUUCGGUGCCUUGCUCACCUCUUAGCCUACUAACAGCAGUCGAAAGUGGCGCGGCCUCUUUUCUCAAAGAUGCUGAUUUUCUGUUUUACAAAAAGGGAUCAAAACGCUCAUAAAAGUGUUGAUUCAAAUACAUCUGAAUGUGUUAAUAUGUUUGGGGAAAAUCUUCAUGGUCAAAAAUGUGCAAGUCAUUUAAAAAGGGAGUCAACCUUGUGUUUUGAAAAGAUAUUAGCUUUUCGUGAGCUAAGAAACUUUAUAUUUUAGCCGGUUUAUGAUCCACUUAGCUAAAGAGUUGUUGAGUCAUAAACUCACUCAACUUGUGUGGAAAUUAAUACUAGUUAUUAGUAUUAAUGAAUAAUUAAUACAUCCCUAUAUGUCCCUAGAUACAAUAAAAUAAAACAUUAUCAUUAAAAUAUCAGCUCCCUCAAUAAAUGCAAUGCAAUGUAAGACUUCACUCUAGUUUUCCUCUAAUUUAUCAGCAUCCACCAUGUGCUGUACCAAACUCCAUACAGUAUGUAUUAAAAAUGUAACAUGUCCAAAACUAUUUUACUUCUGAAAAACAGUUUUAGGACUCAAAAGUGCCAUGUCAUUAAAAAAAAGAAAGAAACUGGAAUAAGAAAUGUGAAGCGGGAGGAUUGAACUGCUUUCCAACAGGGUUGGUGUCACAUGGUUUUAGAGCACAUCAUCAGUUCUGCCAUUAGGGGGCAGUAAAGACUUAAUUUUGCCAAGAGUGGAGGAGGUGAAGCAGAGUUCACCUCAGUGCAUUUUAAUUCAGUUGACUUCUGUAAAAAAAAUGAUGUAUUUAGUUUCUUUAAUGUAAAAUGUACUGUAAAGAUGUUUCCUGUGUGUUUAAACACACUCAAAGUGCACUAUACUUCUGUGAAGGAUCUGAUGUAUUAUUGUCUGUGAUGACGAUGUGAUGAAGUCGUUGCAUCCACCAAAAUGUAUUCUUUAAUUCUGAAAUAUUGCCAGAAGUUUGAAUCGUAUCCAUUAAUGAUUUGUUGUAUUCAAUGAUGGCUCUAUGAAGACCUGCGGCAGCAAGUCGCACAAUUAAAAUGCAAUAAAAAUCAAAUAUAUUUGAAUUUACAAGAGCAGCACAUUAGGAGGACUUUCUCACUGCAGCCAAGACGCACUGACACAGUAACAGACUCAAUAGUGACGCAUAAUUGUCAGAAGUCUGUAAGAUAAUAUCCAUCUUUACUGUUGUGGUGUUGUCAAGAGGGAAAUAGAAGAAUUAUCAGUUUAGGAUUUAUUUCCAUUCUUCCCGCCAGCUAUUGAUUCAGUUGUUUUAAUUUUCUAUUUUGUUAUUCUAGUAAAAGACACUCGGACGUUUUUGAACCUGUACUGUACACAAAUAAGACGGCAUGAAAACUCCCACCAGACUCCAUGCAGAUAUCAGUCGUUUUGGUUUGUGUGUUUCACUGCCUUCAGAGGCCUGGCAGUGAGAGUAUGUGAGAGUGGUGACCAGACGUCUUACGCAGCCAAUACUCCACAUAUUCUCUUUUGAUAAGUCACAACAAUCUCUUUGAGAAGCAGACAUGUUUAUAGGGUUGUGUCUUCUUGGACGAUUCUGCCAUCUUCCAUAGUCACAUGACCACAAGUUUCCAGUUUCAGCCACAAGUGCCUGGAUGCUGGUGACUGGGGCCAAAUGCAAUUUCUGAUACUACAGUGUAUAGGAAAAAUAAAUUUUACAAAUGUAGAACAAAA